UGUAGCUUUCUGUGAGUGACGCGCACGUUUCAGAUUGAGUAACUGCUAUUUGAGCGAUCAAAGGAGAUGACUUGGUGACAAAUCCUGAAUACUCGCUAGUUGGACUGAUAUAAAGUGAUAGCCUAUAGGAGGGACCAUGGCAACAACAGCACUGACCGGGUUCUCUAUGAUGAGCCUGCUCAGCCUCGGAUACCUGACCUGGGACCUGAUGGGUCCUAACCAGGUGGAAAACGAGCCCGACCGAACUUUUGUCGACAGGUCUCCUGUGCCGCAGCCCCCUCACAUCAUUUUCAUCAUGACAGACGAUCAGGGAUUCAACGACAUCGGCUACCACGGCUCUGACAUCAGGACACCGGCGCUGGACAAGCUGGCUGCGGACGGAGUGAAGCUGGAGAAUUAUUACAUUCAGCCAAUCUGCACCCCGUCCCGCAGUCAGCUCAUCACCGGCAGGUACCAAAUUCACACCGGUCUGCAGCACUCCAUCAUCCGGCCCCGCCAGCCCAACUGCCUCCCCUUUGACCAGGUCACCCUCCCCCAGAGACUGCAGGAGCUUGGCUAUUCCACCCACAUGGUCGGCAAGUGGCACCUGGGCUUCUAUAAGAAGGAUUGCCUGCCCACUCGCCGUGGCUUCGACACAUACUUUGGCUCCCUGACGGGCAGUGUGAAUUACUACACCUAUGACUCCUGUGACGGCCCUGGGCGGUGUGGCUUCGAUCUCCAUGAGGGGGAGUCGGUCGCCUGGGGUCAGAGGGGCAAAUACUCCACCCAUCUCUACACACAGAGGGUCCGCAAGAUCCUGGCAACCCAUGAUCCUCAGUCCCAGCCACUGUUCAUCUACCUCUCCUUCCAAGCUGUUCACACGCCCCUGCAGUCUCCGCGGGAGUACAUCUACCCGUACCGUGGGCUGGAAAACGUGGCGCGCAGGAAAUACGCUGCUAUGGUCACAGCUGUAGACGAGGCAGUACGAAAUAUAACAUACGCUCUUCGCAAGUAUGGUUACUACCAGAACAGUGUCAUCGUCUUCUCUACUGACAACGGAGGCCAGCCUUUGUCUGGUGGCAGUAACUGGCCGCUCAGAGGACGUAAAGGCACCUACUGGGAAGGCGGCAUCCGGGGUUUGGGGUUCGUCCACAGCCCUCUGUUGAGGCGGAAGAGGAGAGUGAGUAAAGCCCUGGUUCACAUCACUGACUGGUACCCUACACUGGUGGGAUUAGCAGGUGGAAAUGAGUCCCUGACUGAGGGGGUGGACGGUUAUGAUGUAUGGGAAGCCAUCAGUGAGGGGAAGGAGUCGCCCAGGUUGGAGAUUCUCCACAAUAUUGACCCUCUGUAUAACCAUGCACGCAGUGGCUCACUACAAAAAGGAUAUGGGAUUUGGGAUACAGCCGUGCAGGCCUCUAUACGAGCUGGAGACUGGAAACUCCUAACAGGAGACCCCGGCUACGGAGACUGGACACCGCCACAGAUGCUUCCAGGUUUCCCCGGCGGCUGGUGGUACCUGGAGCGCCACACCGAACCGCGGAAAUCUGUGUGGCUUUUCAACGUCUCUGGAGACCCCUACGAACGUGUUGACCUCUCUGAGCAGAGACCAGAUGUUGUCAAAGACCUGCUGGCUAGAUUGGUGUACUACAAUCGCACUGCAGUGCCAGUAAGGUACCCAUCAGAGGACCUACGGGCUGACCCCCACCUGAAUGGAGGUGCCUGGGUGCCCUGGGUAGGAGAUGAGGAGGAGGACAGCUGGGACAGUGUCUACCAGAAAAAGAACAAGGAUUGGAAGAAGAAGCUUAAACUGUCCAAAAGCAGUUUGUUUUUCAGGAGACUCAACACUAGGAUCAUGUCCAACAGGAUAUAGGAUUUGUUUUUGUUGAAGAAGGAACCAUGUUUCUGCAGGAUCCAGCUGCAGUUACCGAGAUGUAUCUGCAUGUUUAUGUUCAGUCCAAUGAAAGUAAUAAUUGUUCAACUGGUUUACAUCAAUGUGAAUAAAAAUGUGUGCCCCUAAAGUGAAUUUUCUGUAGUUAAAAAUGAGAGUUGAUUCCAUCUUACAAGAUGAUACAAGCGUGUAAGAAAAUGUAUUUUGUUAGCAUACUUAUGAAGACUUACAAGAUAUACUUUAAAAAAAAAAAAACUGAAUCGCUGUAUGUGACAUAGAUGACAAGGUAAAUUACAAUCUGCAACCAUUUGUAACUAUAAUGAAUAUACCUGAUGACUACCUCUAUGUCAAUGUUGCAAGCUUUAUUUAUUUCAUUACUUGCUAGGUUAAUUUAUAACUGCUCUAUUUAUGCUAAUUGUCCUUUUUUAUUUGUCAUAAUUCAGUUUGCUGAUCCCCCUGAUUUUGGAAGGGCUUACUCCUUGUUCUUCUUGAUGUUCUUCCUUUAUUCUUGUGUUAGUAAAAUAUCAUUGCAAUGCAAGGCCGUUUGAAUUCAAAUCAGUUUAGGAUGUUUGCUGAAAGCUAAGUGCAUUUACACAUUCACAUUCACAUUCACAUUGUCACUACUAGCCUAUCUAAUGAGAACUUGUUUCAAGAUUAUUACCGUCAAAUGGAUUAGUAAAAGUAACCUUAUAAUUGGAAAGAGAACAUUAGAAUGACAAAGUGUGUGGCUUUGAUUAAGCACUGAUGCUACAUUCUGGUCUGCUUCAUUUCCUGGUAAAACACAUGAUUUGAUAACAAUGAAUAAAACUAGAACUGCAAGCAGUUGUAAGCGGGAGCCAAGCCUCCCGGCGCAAGCCGCACCACUGGCCCCAUGGAGGGCUCGCGAGUCGGCCCGGGCCCCCCGCCGUGGCUCGG